AGUCAAUGGUUGGAGGUUUUGAUAUUAUGGGUACAAAGGCUAGUGCAACCAAAACAUUUGAUGUCCCACCACACAAAAGACUUAGAUUAUAAUCAACAAUCUAUAAGAUUGAUUCUUGGGAUGGAGAAUUCAUGAUCAUUAAAGUCGAUGGAACUGAUGUUUGGAAGACAUCUUGGAAUCUCUAAACUGGAGGUGCCAAUUUCUGUGGAUAAGGUAUAUGGUUUGAUGGCAUUGUUGGUGUUGAUGAAAUCUUUAAUCAUUAAGCUCCUAAAGCUGAAGUAGUCUUCACAUCUACUUUGGAUCAAGAUGCUGCUGAUGGUAAUUCUAUUAUAAUAAUUAUUAGAAUCAUGGGGUUUCAGAGAUUUCAAAUUAUGGUAUGAACCAAAGGAAGCAUGUGCAGUUUUCUAUAGUGAAUGUGAUUACAAGGGAGCUUCAUUUGAAUUCUGUUCUAAAUCACCAAACUUCUAAAAUGACAACAUUCCACCAUAAAUUAGAUCCAUUAGAGUUCCACCAUAAGGAAGAGUCACCUUAUAUGAAAACACCGAUUAUAAUGGAAAGAAGGUUACUUAUACCUCAGAUCAAGCUUGCAUCUAAAACUUUGAUGUAAUUAUUUUAAUCUAUUUUAUUAGUUUGCCUUAAUUCAAAUGAGUGGACAUGUUGAAGGAGGUUGGGUUGAAGUUCAGCAAUGAUCUAUAAUAAGAAUAAUAAUCAAU